GGUAUUGCCUGCUGCAGCAGGACACACCCCCUCUUGCUCAGUUGCGCUCACAACACAAAUAGUUUGAACAAACUUCUGAACAUUUUUUUUUACAGUUUUAAAUAAAUUGUAUUUAUGUAUUAUUAUUAUUAUUAUUAUUAGCUGUAUUAUUUUGCAUAUUAAACGUUUGAUUCAUGUCAGAGAAACCACUAUGGCCAGGGAAGAAGAGCUAAUCCGGAUUGCUAAAAAAUUGGACAAGAUGGUGUCUAGAAAUAAUAUGGAGGGGGCGCUGGACCUGCUGAAAGAGCUGAAGGCAUAUAAAAUGACUUUAAAACUACUUCAGGGCACGAGAAUCGGAAUGUCGGUGAAUGCAGUGCGGAAGCACUGUACUGAUGAGGAGGUCGUCACACUGGCUAAAAUCCUGAUCAAGAACUGGAAGAGGCUGCUCAUGGAAUCAGCUGACGCUCAGAAAAGAGAGCUCGAGAAAGGAGAGGGCAAUGAGAAGAGGAGGGAGGAGAUUUCUCACAGCAAGGCUACGAGUACUGGGGGACCGACACAGCCAACCAAACAACCAGACAAGGAGGCAAGUAAGGGAGAUUCGCCUGAUUCAAAAUCCAUUUCAGUUUCUCCAAAGAAGCACCCAGGCGAGCAUAAAAGGGAAAGAAAAGACUCAACAGAUUCCAAGUCCCUGCCUCCAAAACAACCUUCGUUAGAAAUCAAAAAAGAAAGAAAAGACUCGACAGAUUCCAAAUCAUCGCCUCCUAAACGACCUUCUCUAGACACCAAAAAAGAAAGAAAAGACUCAACAGAUUUCAAGUUAUUGCCCCAACAACGACCUUCCCUAGAUACCAAAAAAGAAAGAAAAGACUCAACAGAUUUCAAGUUAUUGCCCCAACAACGACCUUCCCUAGAUACCAAAAAAGAAAGAAAAGACUCAACAGAUUUCAAGUUAUUGCCCCAACAACGACCUUCCCUAGAUACCAAAAAAGAAAGAAAAGACUCAACAGAUUUCAAGUUAUUGCCCCAACAACGACCUUCCCUAGAUACCAAAAAAGAAAGAAAAGAAUCAACAGAUUUCAAGUCACUGCCUCAAAUACAACCUUCUCUAAAUCUCAAAAAAGAAAGAAAAGACUGUACAGAUCUCAUGCUAUUGCCUCAAAAGCGACCUUCCCUAGAUACAAAAAAAGAAAGAAAAGACUCAACAGAUACCAAUUCAUUGCCUCCAAAACGACCCUCCAUAGAUACCAAGAAAGAAAGAAAGGACUCUUUUGAUUCUACUUCUGCCACAGCUAUAAAGAGACCUUCCUCAGACACUAAAGCAGAACGGAGAAACCCGUCCGACUCACUGUUCAACAGCACUUCCACGCCACUGAAAAAGCUCUCCCUUGAUUGCAAAGGGGAAAGGAGAGAUUCCCACAACUCCAAACCUGCAAUCUCAUCUCCGCCUCACAGGAAGCCUUCUUCGGACAGCAGAGAAGAACGAGUAAACAACGGUAAAGGCAAAGUGGAGCCCCCAAAGACGCCCACAUCCCCCACCAGCCCGCUGACACCCUCGUUCAGCCCCUCAGGGGGCCCCUUCCCGCCCCACCUGCUCACUGGGGAGACUAUACGUGACAAGUGUAUUGAGAUGCUGUCUGCUGCACUCAAAACUGACGAUGAUUACAAAAUCUACGGAACGAACUGCGAAUCCAUGGCAGCUGAGAUUGAAGAUCAUAUCUACCAAGACAUAAAAGCCACAGAUAUGAAGUAUAAGAACCGCGUGCGCAGCCGUAUCAGCAACCUAAAGGACCCCAAGAACCCCAACCUACGCAGGAACGUGCUGAGCAGGGCCAUAGAGCUCAGCAGGAUCGCCACCAUGACUGCCGACGAAAUGGCCAGUGAUGAGCUGAAGAACCUGAGGAACGUGCUGACCCAGGAAGCUAUUCGUGAACACCAGAUGGCCAAGACUAGCGGAACCACCACGGACCUGCUCCAGUGUGGCAAGUGCAAGAAGAAGAACUGCACGUACAACCAGGUGCAGACUCGCAGUGCUGAUGAACCCAUGACCACCUUUGUGCUGUGCAACGAGUGUGGAAACCGCUGGAAGUUCUGCUAAGAAAAAACUCACGGCAACCCGAGGCUGUGUUGCCACUCAAUCUCAGCAUUUUAUACAGAUAAUUUCCACUGUGCUUUUAUAUCGGAGAAAAUGUAAAUGAAUGAUUCGUAAGGCUGGUGCAUUGUACAGUGUUUUUAAUUUAUACAUGUCUUUUUAAAACAAGCAAUAUUUGUUUUUAAAAAAAAUCAACCCAAGCUAAUAAUUGAGGAUCUUUAAGUUAAAUUUGCAACUGAAAACACAGGUUAAUAAUACUACAGUGACUGAGUAGAAAAAAAAAGGUCUUGGGCAAUCAUAUUCAUGAAAUGAGAACUUUUAACUCCUUAAAACAGUUAAUAUUGAAAUGGCCCCUAGAUGUCUGUAACCAGGGACUAGAACUGCAUCACCUUUAGUGGAGCUGAAAAAAAGUAUGCUGUCCUUAACAUCCUUGUAUACAUCCGUUACCAGUGACAACACACUUGUAUUGUGGCUGCUAAAGCCACUAUAGGACUAGAAAGGUAUAAUGUAUGAACUGCUCAGUGUCAUAUUAGCCUUCCGCCUUUGUCUAGUAGGGUCUCAAUACACCUAGCCAUGGGUUCACUGAGCAUCUGUAGCAUACCUGGGUCAGGGAUUGUCCAGUUCUUUCAGAUUGCCAAGACAUUGUCACCCCAGACAUGGUUUUGUGGAGGUCAGGGGAGGUGAUGGUGCAUUGGUCAUGGAUCUUCUUAUUGUUCUGCCACUCCCAGGGUAUGAUUGGUUUUGGGCUGAAAUCACCAGAAUAGUCUGUGCAUGGAAACUGCCCUGACCUACAGAGUCAUGGAAAGGAACAGAGUAUAUUGCAUAAAUGUUCAUGAAAUACUGCGGCUAUAAAAAUGAAGAUGAUUGAAUAACCAACGAGCCCUUUGAAGGGACAUGGGGUUUGUUUAAGGCCAUGAAUUAUGUAACAAGUGCAGUGCAUGAGGGAGGGGGGAGUAUGUGUAAACCUACAUUAAACAGAUCGAUUCCAUGUAUCAAGUUAAACAGCUGCUUGCAAGCAGUCAUUCAGAACAGGGCAAUUUAGUCAUUCUCUCGUUAGUUUGAAUACAUGCAACGUUCCGAAGUCAGAUCCAGUAAUGAGAUUCACAUUAAAUGUCACGUCUUCCAACACUGAUAUAAUCAGUCCCAUUUCUAGGUGUUUUCAGAAACGAAAAGCACUGAAUGAUUAUUAGCCGGAUCUUAAGCUGUGCAUAUUCAUUUUUAGUCUAGUAUUAGAAGCAGCAGCCACAAUACAAGUUUGCAUUUAAAUCCUGGCAGAAAUCUAUACCAUAUUUUAAAGUGUUCUCCUUAAGUUUUAUUGACGAGUUACAUGUAAACUGUUACCGCCUUUAAAAAGUGCUGCAGUAUAUUUCAAGAGUUCUUUCCUCAUCUCUACAUGCUGUUUAAUAUGACUGGGACAAAUCAUAAUCCUGGGUUAAAUCAACUGUUUGUUAUGCCUUGAUAUCAAUAUUUUUUAUGCCAGUAUUUCUCAACUCCAGUCCUGGGGGUGCCUAAUAGUGCAGUUUUUGUCUCAGAUUUGUUUGCCUGAUGUACUUUACACAGACUAAAAAGAGGGGUUUGUAGAGGUGCCUAAUUGUGAGAUACAGACCAAGAAAGCGUUAGUCAAUGUAAAAGUGAUUAUCUCCCAGUAUUAGAUUAAUAGUUCCAAAUCAUUUUACUGGAGUGUAAUAAAACAUUUUAAAAAGUAAUUAAGAAAUAAAUAAAUCUUUCAGAAGGGUCUCUUUUCUCUGAAUUACAUUACAUUCACAUUCAGUUCCUGCUAAUGAUCUCAUAUAAUAUAAAGUGUCAGACAAGGCUGUCUGCAAGUGCUGACAUAAAAGUCAAUACCUUUCCUACAAAGAAGCCACAGAUACAACAUCCGGCCACCGGGUGGCAAGCUUAAGAGAUGUCAAUACACACGUUUUAAAUAAAAAUAUCCCUUUUUGCUCUGCUAAAACUGUUCAUCAGGACUUUCUUUUAUGCAACUGAGACAGAUUGGAGGGGUCAUUCCUGCUCCUAGACUUUAAAAAGUCAUAUUAUUACUCAAUGGGUGUACUUUCCAAAGCCCCUUUUCUAUCUGGUUCAAGGAAGUAGAGCAGCGAGGCUGUUAUGUUCCAAUGCUCAUGCUUUGCAGCUGCACAUGUCCUUAAGCCAGGGAGAGAAGUGGGUUUGUCUGACAGCUUAAAAUACACACCACUUCAAAUACACAAAGACUGGGGCAGGAGUGAAAUGUGACUAAAACUAAUGGUUGAACUCCUUUUAGAUGCAGCCUAGGAAAAGCCUAGCUAAAACUAAUGGUUGAACUCCUUUUAGAUGCAGCCUAGGAAAAGAAAAUAGCAAUGCACUUACUGUACUAAUUUUCAAUGUUAUAUAUUUAAAAAAAAAGAAAUACAAAGGAAAAAUGAAAAAAAUAAAGACUUUAAAAAUGUGAGUGUUUUUUGUUGUUGUUUCUCUCAUUGCUCAUAAUGUAAGAAUCAGAAAUGUAUGCUCAACAGCACAUUAACUGUGCAAUUUUACUGUAGUAAACUUUGAUGUACCAGAUGUCGUGUUAAAAAUGCAAUUGUAUGUUUACUAUAACGUGUUUCUUUUAAAACCGGACGUUUGAAACAUAUAUAACGAAUAGAAAUUCACAACGAGUAAGAUUUAAUUAUUUUGUUAACUACAGUCACUUUAAUUAUCCACUAUGUUGUCAACCCCCCUCCAAUCCUUCUUUGUUCUAGGCUAAAUAAAUGUACUUCCUUCAA